CUGAUGUCGCUUGGAAGUAAUGUUCCCCCCUCUCUCUGCAACAUGAAGCCGUGAGUGUGGAAAGAAGAGAAAGCGAGGGAGGCACCCAUCAUCGGGCUUUUUUUAAUUUUUUUAAUUUUUCUUUUUAAGUUACUUUUCUUUUUAUUUUCGUCAAACAUCCAUCUCAUUCCGCGUCGUGUCCACCUUCGGGGAGUUGACGCGUCAAAUCACGCCGGGGACCCAGCAGCUAACAGAAGCUAACAGUUAGCUAACAGCAGCUAGCCGCUAACAGCAUCUAGCCGCUAACAGUUAGCAAAUAUUAGUCCAGCUAGUCAGUCAGUCACCGCUUCUUAUUUUUUGAGUUUAUUUUUUAAACUGAUAUUCUGACAACCUAUCGCUACACACCUGCUGACAUUUGCCUGAAGUAGUGCAGAAUUAAUGUAAUAUAUUUUAGCUGUCACAUUAAAAUAAAUAAGGUUUUUUUGUCGGGUGUAACAUCAUGUCCAGCCUGUGGGUUGCUAACUAAUGCGCAGUAUUGCAUCUGUUUCAUGUGCACAAACCCAAGCAGCAGGAGCACUACUUUUUUUUAGUGUAGUAGGUUACUUCAUAAUAUUCACCCACCUUUGUUUUUGCAUUUCCGGUUUUUUUUAGCUGCCAACUUAUUUUUCUGGAAGCCGGUUAUUAUGUUAAAAAGCCAAAAUGAUGGAAGCAGGAAAUAUGGUGAACUUUUUCUGGUUAUAGCUGCUGUAGCUGCACUGGCCUUGCUGCUGGCAUCUCACCAGAAAUCCACCACAGGGAUGGACACUAAACUAAACUAAACUGAGCACCCACGACCAAAACUGAGGAAUUCAAUAAUAAUAAUAUCUCGGGGUGGAAAAAAGAAAAGAAGAAAAGUAACAUUAGCUGACACACUUUGCACAGCAGCAGUAGUAGUACUGUGCAUGGUGACUCAUUUCACUAGUCUGGGUAAGCAGAGACGGGGUUUAGUUUUUUUGCAGCAGGGUUUAACUAAACUCUACACUUAGUCACUACACCAGAGACUAGAUAGCUUGCCUUCAGCUAGCUACAGUCUCGCCCCAACACCACAUCACAAACACGGCGUACAGGACGUAUUCAGAGCCCGCUCCCGGCCAGACGCACAGGCUCAACAACACCGUCAUGGGAGUGCAAGGGUUUCAAGAGUAUCUAGAGAAGCGGUGUCCAGGGGCUGCGGUCCCGGUGGAUCUCCUAAAGCUUGCACGUACCGCGGCCCGCCAGCCCCCUCACCACCACCAUCAUCAUCCACACCACCACCCACAUCACCCAGGGCCCAUGCCUCCCCCGCCCCCGCCUGCCAGGAUCCUCAUCGACGCUGACUCCGGCCUGCAGCGGCUGUACGGCGGCUACCAGACGGACUGGGUGUGCGGGGGGGAGUGGAACGCCAUGCUGGGCUACCUGGCCGCCCUGUCCCAGGCCUGCUUGUACCAGGGCGGCCUGGAGCUUGUCGUGGUGUUCAAUGGCACACUGGGGAAGGAGCGCUGGCCCGAGUGGGCGAGGCGAGCUCAGGGCCAGCGACAGACGGCGCAGCUGAUAGUCAACCACGUCGGCAGCAAGGCCACCCCGCCUCCCCGGGCAUGGUUCCUGCCCCCGGCCUGCCUCAGCCACUGCGUCCGCCUCGCCAUGUUUCGCUUCCGAGUGCGGGUUGUACAGACUUUGGAGGACCACCACCAGGAAGUGCUGUCUCUCUACAGGGACUAUGGAUUUGCUGGCCUGAUCGCUCAGGAUUCUGAGUUUGCCCUCUGCAAUGUACCUGCCUACUUCUCCUCGCACGCGCUCAAACUGAGCUGGAACGGCAAGAACCUGACCACACACCAGUAUCUGCUGUCUGAGGCUGCCAGGCAGCUCGGGCUCAAGACACAGCACCUGCCCUGCUUCGCUGCUCUGCUGGGAAACCAUAUUCUGCCUGAUGAGGACCUGGCUGCCUUCCACUGGAGUCUGCUGGGACCAGAACACCCACUAGCUUCUCUCAAGGUGCGAGCCCAUCAGUUGGUGCUGCCGCCCUGUGAGGUGGUGAUCAAGGCCGUCUCCGAGUACGUCUCCUCCAUCAAAGACCUGGGAAACCUCGACGCCAUCGCCAGAGAUGUCUUCAAACAGUCACAGUCUCGUAUGGAGGACAAAGUGGAGCGAUUCAAGAAGGCUGUGGAGUAUUUCUCAGCUGCCUCCAAACCACGCUCGCCCAACAUGGGGCCCUCCUCUUUCAUUUUACCUGGGUUUGGACCCAAUCCAUUUGGGGGACCACCUGGCCACAUGGGACCGAUGCAGCCUGGAAAGAAUCAGUUCCCUCCCCAGGUUCCGGGGUUAAAGCCACCUUAUCAAAAUGCUCCAUAUGGACCUGGCUCCGCCCCUCUGUUCCAGAACCCGCCACCGCCGUCCCAAGACUGCAACGAUUCACUGACAAACAAGAUGGGCCUCGCUGAUUGGUCAGCUCCAUAUGAUUCCACUCAGGGGGGAAACCGAUUACCCAAUCAUCACACCGGCCCUCAGUCCGGUCCCUCUCCGUCUCCUUCCUCGUCAUCCGAUGGAGACGAACCCAACGACAGCAAUGCAAACCAUUUGACGGACAAGCCCUCUCGGUGGGAGGAUCCCGCCGGAAGGGGGGGCUCUGCCUCUGGAGACGGUUCCCAAGGCAACGGGAGCGGGUCAAACAUUCCGUCACUGCUGUCUAUGGCGACGCGGAGUCACAUGGACAUUACCACACCCCCUCUGCCUCAGGUUAGUGCCGAGGUUCUUCGUGUAGCCGAGCACAGACACAGAAGAGGACUGAUGUAUCCUCAGAUUUACCACAUAUUGACCAAGGGAGAGAUGAAGAUGCCAGUGUGUAUAGAGGAUGAGUGUAACUCGGAGCUGCCUCCUGCCUCUCUGCUGUUCCGUGCUGGCAGACAGUAUGCCUAUGGUGUCCUCUUCAGUCUGGCUGAAACACACCGCCGCCUGGAGAGGCUCGCCCUCCGCAAAAGGGCUCCCCUGGAAGUUCCUCCAGUGAUUGUCAAAGAGUGGAGCAGCGGUAAGGCCAAGUCAGCCCUGACUCCUGAGCUGGUCCCGGCCCUGUGUUUCCGGGAGUGGACCUGCCCCAACCUGCGGCGGCUGUGGUUGGGUCGAGCCAGCGAGGACCGCUCCAGGAGAACCAGGGCCUUCCUGGCCUGCUUACGCUCCGACUGCCCAGCCCUCCUCAACCCAGCACAAGUCCCACAGCAUCUGCUGCUCAUGUGCUGCGUGCUCAGGUAUAUGAUGCAGUGGCCUGGAGGAAGGAUCCUCCACAGACAUGAGCUCGAUGCCUUCUUGGCGCAGGCUGUUUCCAACCAGCUCUACGAACCCGACCAGCUACAGGAGCUAAAGGUGGAGAAGGUGGACGCCCGCGGCGUGCAGCUGGCUGCUCUCUUCAUGGCCGGCGUCGACACAGCGCUGUUCGUCAAUGAUGUGUGUGGCCAGCCGUUGCCAUGGGAACACUGCUGCCCCUGGGGCUUCUUCGACGGCAAACUGUUCCAGAGCAAACUGGCCCGGGCCGCACGCGACCGGGCUGCCCUGUUGGACAUGUGUGAGGGGCAGGAGGAGCUGGUGUCCAAGGUGGAGAAGAUGCGUCAGGCGAUCCUCGAGGGCAUUAACCUGUCCCGCCCGCCUCCUCCUCCUCCUCCUCUUCCACCUCCUGCCUUCCUCCCCCCCACCAUGGUGCCCCCUUUCUACCCAAUGCCUCCUCUCUAUCCACCUCGCCCCAUGGGCGGCAUGCCUCCUCAUCAUCACCCACAUCAUCCACAUCACCCUGCCCAGCACAGACCCAGAGCCUUCCCAGGAUAUUUUCGUCUUUCUUCAGGCAUUCAGUCCAUCCCCCCUCAGGGAGGGAAACUGGAGAUAGCUGGCAUGGUUGUUGGCCAGUGGGCUGGGAACAAACCAAUCCGUGGGAGAGGGGGGUUCAACAUGCAGGUGGUGUCAGUGGGAGCAGGGAAAGGGAGGGGUAAAGAGAUCCCAGCAAAAGUAAGGGGAGCGAAAAAGGCAACUGCCAACAGAACACAGACGUCACCCCCCCCAUCCAGCAGUCCCCCAAAGCCCUCAGAGGAGGCGGGCUCCACGCCAGAGGUUGCGACCCAGCAGCUGAACGGCAGCUCGGCAGCCUCCGCCAUCGGCCAGCCCUUGGAGCUGAACACCGUGGCCCAGCCAAUCCCGUGUGCCUUAGCCAGCAGAGACAACCAAUCAGAGGGGGUGGAAGUGGAGGCCCCCUGUUGCCUUGACGACUGCCCGUCAGACGGAGCGCUACAGAAGGAAGAGUGAUGGCGUUCCUCUUGCCGGGGAUGCACUGCUCCAAGAGAGUUAUCUGUGUUCGACUGCCUUUCCCUGUUUUUGUAGCCCUGCCUGCUAGCUGUGCACAUUUAUCACACGGAGCAGGAACGACGCGCGGAGGGCGGGGGUGUGUUUCGCUCUCGUCCUUGUCCUCUCUGCUGCUCCGUGUGAUAAGCCAAAGCAGUUAGCUGUUACUCCCUUUUUAGUUUUUCUCAUGUGGUUUUACAUUGUUUUAUGAAGAGAGGAUUUCUCCAUGAGUCUGUAAGCGCCCCACCCCUCAAAAAUCCUAAUUGCCUCCCUCCCGCACUCAGAGUAAAAUAAGCUUGAAGCCCCCCCCACCCCACCCCAUGACCCCCCACCACCCCCCAUUACCGCCCACCACUUAAACAAUCCCCCCCCCCCCUCCUGCCCCUCCUCUUGAGUAUGGGUACCUGUACAGUUUAAGUUUUUUCUUUUUAUGUUUUUUUUUUUUUUUUAAAUGGUCCCAUUGUUUUUGAAACUCUGCACACCGAUGUUUAAGCUUGCGGUUACGGUGACAGAUUGGAUGUGGUUUCCAUGGUUACAGCAUCUAGGCCCUGGUUGCCAUGGUCGGUCGUUGUGUGUGUGUGUGUGUGUGUGUGUGUGUCGAUGCGGUUCGUUGCCAUAGCCAUCUCGUGUUAAGAUUUGUGUCUUUACAUGAGCUCAGAGAGAUGAUCAGAGUUUGACGUCCGGUUAUGUGGGAAAGAUUUUAAACACCGUUCUUCUGUGCAGUGACCCCCGCGUCCCCCCCCACCACCCACUGCGUCCCCCCCAAACUCUGCAGGCUAGCCGCUCUGCUGAACAUACAGUUAGCAUAAUCGCUAGCAGCAAACCCCUCUUUAUAGAUUGAUUGGUUAUCUAUCACUGGAGCACUUCUGCACCACCAUGGUAUUAGCAUGCUAUCUUACUUUGACCUAUGUAGCAUAGCCUAAGAGACCCCAUGAAUUUAUGCACCUUAAGCCCUAAAGUAUGCAAGAUUUUAUCCCGCUCCUCCAAAAAAAGAAAAAGUGCAUUAUUAUAUUAUCUUCCCCUAUCCCCCUUGUCCCUUUCUCCCAAAGCUUUGAUUGUAUUUUCCUAACAAAGGCACUUAAUGUUGUAUUUAAAUAUAUUGAAUUUGAAGCCCCUAUACAGAUGAAUUGAAAGCCUGUGAGGGGUGUCCCCUGCGCAUAAGUAAAUCAUUAUGACAUGUAGAACUACAUUUAAAGGUAAAGAUCUAUUUGAGAGACGUCAGAAUGUGAACAGAGUGGUUUCAGACAAAGAAGCACUUUGUUUUAAAAAAUGUUAAACCACACUGGACAGUCCUCUACCAGGUGAUAAAGAAAUGAAAAAAACUCUGAGGCACCUUCUGGAGUUAAGGCCAAAAAAAAAAAGAAUAAUGCUGCCCAGCGAAUGAUGGAAAUGAAUGGAGAGGGUUUGGGUGACUGCUGCCAGGCAGAGUUCCCUUCAGACUGGCCUCACAUUCACAAAAGAACUUUGCUAUGAAACUGAAGGAGUCCUGAUCCUCCACAUCAGGGACUCCUGGGAAUCAUUUUAGAUUUCAGAGAAGUUAUUUCCAAAGUGUAUUUUAAUAAGGCAAGCCGACUUCGGCUGCCAGUGAUAUAUAACCGGUGUGGCAGCAAAGCCUCAAAGAUCCCUCCACCUUCGGGUGGUGAUUGAGUAACUGUUGUCAUGACAAUAGCCCAACACCAGGAGCUGCUGCCCCGCAGAGCUCUGGUGUGUCACUUUAGACCAACAGGAAGCACUUCCCCGCCCUUGAGUACCUCAGCCGGACCUGGCAGAGGCUUUAUGGGUUGGAACACAUGUCACAUGACAGGGGAGAGGGAGGCCUCAUGGCGGACCUGAGAGCGCCGCUCACACAAUCUGAGACUUCUAAGAUACUGAAUUGUUUUAUUAGAGCACUUAUGUUUGUAGAGAAUGAGAUGUGUCCCCCCCACAGUAGGUUUCAUCUUACAACGGAAACACAAGUUAUGUACUUUUACCGAUUAACUGGUAGAACUGCAGAUUUAAAAGCAGUAGACCGAAAGAUACAGCCUGAGAGAUGCUGGCCAUGAACAUUAUAAAUCUCUAUAAACUCACGGAGAGAGGUUGAAAUGAGCUCAUUUCAUUAAAAACACAAAAAAGGCAAGUCAACAAGAAGCACCUUAUUUUCUUACUAUGUUGAUGACUUAUGCUCUAUCGUGUGCCACAAAAUUGACAUGGGAAAAAAAGCUCUUACCAGAAGCCGUUGUUUUUCUUUUUUUUGAAGGAAAAAACCCUGACUAUAUGUAAGUGUCAAUGUAGUCGUGUCAGACAUCCCCUCUGUUAUGAACUCAACCAUUACAGUGAAACACUGACCGUUGACCCCCAGCGAUGAGUGUAGGCCUACGCUCACGACACGGGCUGGGCUACGCCGCCGUCUCUGUUACACCAACACCAAAUGAAAUCAGAGGUUUGGACUUGUUAGCCGUUCUAUUGGUAGGGAUUAAGCAUUACCGAGUGCUGUAGGUGUUUUAAUAGGUUUAUAAGAGUAGGUAACAGCGUCGGGCUUAACACAGGACUGUAAUACUCAGACACCAAGACUAGGCUAGAGAAUAUAGCUCCACUGGCCGAAAAAUACUAAGUCUAGAUUAACUAGGAGUCAUAUACUUAACUGCUUUUCAACUUUUGACAUUAGUACAAAUAUGUGUAUCGCAACAGUACAUUGUUAGAAGAUGGCUUUUUCUGCGGCGAGCCAGAGCGUGAUCUGGUAUACGAUGCCCUCUCUCGAUUCGCUCGCCAGUUACAAAACACACACGAACACACACAUACAAAAACAUACACAUAAUACAUAAAAACACACACAUAAAGACACACAUGCAACAAGACAAGACAAAGUAAUUCAGUUGCAUUUGUUACCAGCAGCAUUCUCUCUGCUUUUGUGCUGAAGUGAAUUUUUUUGUGCAGUUUCAGUUCCCAGUGGAGUGGUUGUCAGUUCAUCAGAGAUCAUUUUGGUAACAUAUUCUACUGACUGAUUAAAAAAAAAAACACCACAAAAACAAACAC